UGAGGCCAAACGGAAUUCGUUUACUUACAAAAAUUAAGUCCGAUUGAACUGAUUUUCAUCAUGAAUAUUCAUCUUGACGAAUUGUACGAAGGGAACAAUUCCGAUAAUUAUUAUUAUUUUAAUCUGAAACAAAUCCAAACGGAGGGGUAGACGAGAAUUGGGGCUUGGUUUUCCUUUUCUCCACGACGACUGGGAAGGGGAUUUCGAGGAGAUCGAAUUACAAUUAACAGUGGUCAUCAGUCUGGAAAUGUGUAUAGCGGUGUUUAUAUGGCAAGAUCACCCAAUUUACCCAUUCCUUUUGUUGCUCAAUCGAGACGAAUAUCAUACUCGGCCUACGAAGCCUUUGGCAUGGUGGGAAGGUGGGGGUCAUAUACUGGGAGGAAGAGAUGGGCUCGCAGGAGGGACGUGGUUGGCUUGCACCAGAGACGGAAGGGUCGCUUUCCUUACUAAUGUUCGCGAACUCCAAUCACUCCCUCAACCAAAAAGCAGGGGUCACCUACCCGUUCGCUUCUUAGAGAGCAAGAAAGAUCCUUACGAGUUUGCAGAGGAACUCGUGAAAGAAGCAGAUCAGUAUAAUGGGUUUAACUUGAUAAUAGCCGAUCUUUGUUCCAUGAACAUGGUUUACGUUACUAACAGACCAAAAGAAGGUAACGGUUCAAUUAUGGAGGUUUCACCUGGUAUUCAUGUCUUAUCAAAUGCAAGGCUGGACUCACCUUGGCCUAAGUCUGAGAGAUUGAGACAUAGUUUCAAGAAGCUAUUGGACCUCUAUGGUGAUGCUGAAGUUGCCGUAGCUGAGAUGGUUGAGAAACUGAUGAGGGACACGAUUAGAGAUGAUGAAAGUGUGUUACCGCACAUUUAUCCAGCUGAGAAAGAAUACUACUUGAGCUCCAUUUUCGUCGAAGCAGAAACUCCUUUGGGGCAUUAUGGGACAAGAAGCAGUUCUGCAUUGUCUUUCACAACUAGUGGGGAGCUGAGCUUUCAUGAAACAUCUCUCCAGGAGGAGGGUUGGGAAGAGCAGACUGUAACCUAUCAGAUCGAGAAGAUUAACAAGUAGCCAACAACUUAUUGGUCCUCCUCUUCCUAAGAAAAUGAUCACGCAAUUCUCACUGUCACCUGAAUUGGAGCAUCUUAUCAUAUGGUUGAGAGAAUGAUCAUAAAGCUAAUUAAUCUUUGUAAGUCACUUCUUACUGCCUCCCAAUCAAAAAAUGAGACAUUCCAUGCCCUCGGAGAGUAUUAAUGUGUGAAUGUACGAUGUUACAAACUAACCAACGUAAACUAGCUCUGUGACAUGAAUUUCACCAUUUGAUAGAUGACAAAUUGCAGCCCUUUCUUUGACUUGAAAA